AAGUAUAACUAUACUGGAGUAGGGACUAGGACGGCCCUGGACGCCGACUCGCGACCUGGCGAAGCUAACUCCUCCGCCAAUUUGCAAUAAAUCUGGAAUCCGAACUCACCGAUGGCUUCCCCAAGGUCCACUACAACUAAACUUCACAACAUUUCAAGUUUUGAACACACUCAGUUUGAACAGGGCUCUCGUAAAGUCAGCUACCGUUGAAUCUGCCGUCUGGACCCGGGGACGAGCAACCGCCUUGUCUGCGCCGCGUAACGACUCCGCCGAGUUCCGCCGCUUGGAGCGCUAGCGUCGCCCCCGCCCCGGGCCUCUAGUAGAAGCCAAGACACGCAGUGUUUGCAUGGUGUUUGUGUACAUUUCGCCGGUGUGAGUGACUGAAAAUGACGGAAGAAGUAGAUGAUGAAAUGGACGUCAGCUUUGGGGAUGAGGAGUUUGGAAUAGCAAACUCAACAUUUAAUUCGGUUGCGCCUGUUGACGAUUCGUUCGAAUCCUCUUUUGAGGGGGACAUAGACGACCCGACAACUUGCAUGUCAACACCUGUCAAAGACAAAGAAAAAGGGAAAGGGGGCAGGUUCAAGGUGCCGAAGCCGCCACCAGCCAAAUACUUUAAAAAGUGCGGCUCGUGUGGUAGGUACAUUUUAACCGAGCGAGGCUGGAAAACUCAUGAGCAGACGCAUCGCUGGAAAGAUGCUGCUGCCUUGAAACCGUCUGUACAAGAACUAAUUGAAAUUUCCCGUGAAAAGGCACCUCAGCUGAUUGAGCAAGUCAUAUCAGAGUUCAAUGCAUCCGAAGGAGAACCAGGCUUCCAAUUAGCUUUGGAAAUUCGGUCUGUGCUGGGGGACCUCAAACAGAAUAUACAUGGUUCUGCUUUUCUGACCAUCGUUCUCUCCCUCAUUCAAGAAGUCCUGUCUUCUAAAGCCAGAUCUAAGGCAAUGCCAUCUGCUCUCCGCCCAGUUCUCCAGACUGAACUCUCCAAGAUCUACAGUGACAGUGAUAAAAGGAAGAAAUUAAUGGACACAUUCCUAGAAGUCACCACUACCAAAGAGAGCAUUGCAUGGAAUAUUAUUUUUAUUUUCAUUAAGAAAGUUAUGGACUCGACUUUCAUUACCAUGUGUGCAAAAAUUAGGGGUUCAGACUUGCUGUCAACGAAACAUCUUUCCAAAGAUGACUUCAACCACCACCUUUCUCAGCAGCUAGUCCAUCAUGUGUCUGGGUCUUGUUUGCGAGCUCAUUUCCGCAAUGCAUACACUUAUCCAAAGAACCGGUACAUGAGGAAUGUAAGGGACUGCAUUCUGGAGAAAUUUGGCCAGAUUGGACAUCCCUCUGUUAUGGACAAGAAGAGUCCAAAGUAUUGGACAUCUCUCUUGAACAAGAAAUCCCUUUUCUUUCUACAUGAGUCUGCACUGCCCUUCUUCAUUGAGCUUUCAAAAAUACUUCAAAGUUUGGAGACCCGUCAAGGCACACCACUUCAUAAAGAUGUAAUGGAGGUUGUGGUUUCCAACGCAGCAAUGACAACGUUGUGGGAUGCCACUGUAGGGAAUAGUCUGUCUGAUGAAGAGUCAUUCAGAUUCAUGACUCAAGUGAUCAAAUCUUUGGGAAAUCGUUUUGGUAAAGGUGUCAUGUUGAGACGGAUGAAUGCCAAAGCUAAAACGGGAAAGGCCAACAAGACUAGUCUUGCUCCCGGUUUCAGAGCUCGCCUUAUUGGUAAGCAGUGAUUAUGAUUGUUUUUUUCACAGUAUUCUUAUUAGUAAUUGAUUGCCAAAGUCAGUGAGUAUUAUUUUAUGUGAUUACAUUUGAACCCAUGCAAAUGGGACUUGCCAUUUCAUACUAGUUUUUGUUCAUGCAUAGGAACAAUAGUAAUUUAAGACAAUAUAAAUUUUGUUGGUUGGAUAUGUUUGUUUUCUUUUAGGGGAGUACAUUUGA